GCAGAGUGUUUGGUGUAAUUUACGAUCGUGGUUUGUUUGCAAGAUUCUGAAGUUGUUAGUGUGUGCGACCGUUACAGCUUGGUGCUUAGGAAGAAUCUGAGAUCAGGAUGACCUGUUGUCAUUUGGUUUGUUUGAAAUAGUUGCUAACCAUGGAAGUGUGGUUGUUCUUCAUUGAGCAUUGAGGAGGGUUUUCUGUGCCAUGAGCAAAAGUUACCAGGCUGUAACAGGAGAUAACAACCCUAUUUGCGACAGCAAGGAGAGUGUAGAUGCCAAGCUACCUCCAGAUAAGGAUGAUAAGACUCCCUUAUUUUUGACAAAAAAAUCUGAUACUGCAGACGUGGAAGCAACUGCGUCAUCAAGUGAAUGCACAACAUGUGGACUGGAAGAAAAACCACCUGUUGCAAGUGAUGAAUCUAGUCAAGAAACCAAAUAUAGUGAUCGUACUGUGAUUCCUGAUACUUGGGAUAUUUCUGUUGUGGAGCCAACUAUUCUGUCCCUUUCACUUUCAUCAGAAAGUACAGAUGGCUUACAGAUUCUCAGUGUUUGUGAAGACCCAGCUGGCACAGAUGGCGAUAAGGCCUCAAAAAUUGACAGGACCUCAACUGGUUCAACUGGUGAAUCAAGUGAGAACAAGUUUGAAAAAAUUGAACCCUCACAUCCAAAAGUUAAAUGGUCAGUUCCUGUUAGCAUGUUACACUUUGACUCAAGUAGUUAUUCAGAGGUAACAUCAGAUAAUCCAUCUUCAGAAGAUGAAACAAAAUGCAUUCCAGCUGUUGGAGUACCAAGAAAGAAUUCCCUGGAAGAUGCAACUAAAACUUCUACAGAACCAAAGAUUUUAAGUGCACAUAGUACUUUGACAGAACCAGAACCUCAUUUUGCACAUAUAGGCCAAUUUAAAAUAAGAAAAUUCACACAAGUCAAAGCAGAUCCAUAUCCCACAUCACCACAGUCGUCAAGGACUACGACUGCGUCAGAAUCGUUUGAGAUAUGUCCCAAAGAGGAGGAAAGAUCAGAUUUUCAUGAUGAAGAAGAAGAAGAAAGUGACACAUUGCAUUCUGACAUAGAGAAAGGUGCGCUGGUACAAACAGCUAAUCGUCGUGUUCGCAGUGGUGAUGAAGAUGACGAAGAAAAGGCAAUUGGAGCAUCACCUGAUGGAAGAUUCUUGAAGUUUGAGGAGGAAGUUGGACGAGGAAGCUUUAAGACAGUCUACAAAGGCCUUGAUACACAGACUGGUGUUGCUGUCGCAUGGUGUGAAUUGCAGGAAAAGAAAUUGAAUAAAAGUGAGAGACUACGUUUUCGUGAAGAAGCUGAGAUGCUGAAAGGACUACAGCACCCAAACAUUGUAAGAUUUUAUGAUUACUGGGAGGUCUCACUUACAAAGAGAAAAUACAUUGUAUUAGUUACAGAGCUGAUGACAUCAGGAACCCUAAAAACUUAUCUACGUCGAUUUAAGAAAAUCAAUCCUAAAGUUUUGAAAUCAUGGUGUCGCCAAAUACUUAAAGGACUCAUGUUUUUGCACUCCCGCUCAACACCAAUAAUACACCGGGAUCUCAAGUGUGACAACAUAUUUAUAACUGGCACUACUGGAAGUGUAAAAAUUGGUGACUUAGGUUUAGCUACACUGAAGAACAGGUCCUUUGCGAAAUCCGUUAUUGGAACACCAGAAUUCAUGGCUCCAGAAAUGUAUGAGGAACAUUACGAUGAAAGUGUUGAUGUGUAUGCAUUUGGAAUGUGUAUGCUGGAAAUGGCCACAUCAGAAUACCCUUAUUCUGAAUGCAAUGGACCUGCUCAGAUUUAUAAGAAAGUGAUUAGUGGUGUGAAGCCAGCCAGUUUUGACAAAGUCGAAAAUCCUGAAAUAAAAGACAUCAUAGAACAGUGUAUUAGGCUUAAAAAGGAAGAGAGACCAGGGGUCAAAGAUCUGAUGAACCAUGAGUUUUUUGCUGAUGAUUUGGGUCUCCGCCUGGAAAUGGUGUCUAAUGAGGAUGUAAUUGCCUCAGAAAAUCCUAAAGUGGAAUUUAGACUGAGAGUACUUGAUCCAAAGAAACGAAGUCAUAAACAUAAGGAAAACGAAGCUAUUCAGUUUGAGUUUGAUAUGCAGAACGAUAAUGCUGAUGGAGUUGCAAGUGAAAUGGUUAAGUCUGGGCUAAUAAUGGAAGAUGACCUUCGAAGAGUGGCAACAAUGUUGAAGAAUAAAAUAUCAGAAUUAUCAAAAAAACGAGAACGCAAAUUGCACUCGAAGGAAGAAGAUCAAGCUACAUUAAAACAAGAAAUUUCUCCUGAGUCUGUUAUGACUCCUUCAUUACACUCUGUUGAACAAAGCCAUCUUACACAACUGCAGGCAAAUCAAACCUACAUUCCAACUGACACUUCUGAUGAAUCAUACAGUAGUCAAGGAACAGUUUUCCAGCAUGGCUAUGGACCUGUCUCUGACCACUCAGCAUUGGCCCAACAUCCUUUAUCAUCUGUUCAGAUGCAGAUACCUGUUAGUGAGAAUCAAGGUGCUCUACAUAAUGUGCCUGACACACAGCAUCCAUCUCAAAUUGAUAAUGUUCAGCAAACCAAUAUUGUGCCAACUGCUCAGAGUACUGAGAUGCAGACUGAUAUCAGCAUCUUUCACAUGCAGUCACAACCUCAGUAUGCAGUAGAGACAUAUUUGUCUCAACCAAGUCAGUCCACUGCUCAGAUGCAUCAACAGCCAUCUUACAUUCCCCAUGUACCGCUUAGUCAAGAAGAGGAAAAUAUUGUACAUAUUGAACGACAGUUGAAACUAAAACUCAUCCAACAACAGGUUCUGCAGCAAGAGAAAUGCCACCAAGAUCUUACCAAGUGCCAACAAAGCAUUCAACAACUUCAGCAGGCAUUGCAGCAAGCAAAAGAAUCUUAUCAUGGAAACAAAAUAGCAGUGGAGUCAAUACAGAAACAUCAGACUCUCACACAACAACUUUCUCAUGAACUAGAUGAGAUUUCUAGUGGUAGUUCAAACCAAGUGAAUACUCAGCAACAAACUACUACACAUGACAGAAUGUUCCCUCAAGAAGACUCAGAAGUUCUUGCAUACCAGCAAAGACAAACAUGGCAACAUGGUGAGGCUGUUGUCGCAGAUCAGCCAAUUCAGUCACAGGAAGUAACUGAGAAACAUUUUGAAUCUAGAAAAUAUGACACUCCUGGAUCCGUUUUAGAGCCAGGUUUACCACAGAAAUCGAUGGAAGACAGAAUAUGUUACCAGUCAGUUGAUAAUUCACAAGGUGCUACACCAGAAGACCAUAGCUCUGACACUUGUAAGAUUAACAAAGUGAUUUCAUCUGUAGAAGGAUCACAGUACAUCCAGGAACAGAUAACUCCACAGUCUCCCUCUCCACAGAAAUCGUAUGGAAAAGAAAACAUUUCAUCAGAAGAAACUGUCAUUGAAUCACAUAAUGUAAUUCAAAGUGUCAAGGAGGGAUGGUUGCCAGAGCAAAUGUCUAGUGUGAUUUGUCCUACACCUGAAAAUCAAUCUGUUGAACUAGAGAGUCACAAAAUUCCAUGGCAGGAUCAUGUACCUAGUCAGAUUCAGUUACAAGACAAUAGCCAACUAACAAUUCAAGAGCAGCCAAGUGGACUGCCAUCGACAGGUAACAAGGAAAUUUCACCAGCUGAUCAACAGUACAGUGCCAUUGGCCCAGAUAAUAAGUUUAUGCCAAAUGCACCUGUACAGCAACAAUUCUCGAUAAUGACACAGGCUCAACAAGAAACUCUGAAUCAACAGGUUUUAGUUGACCAUGAAGGACAGAAGAAUGAACUGACAGGUCAUAUAAUUGAAAAAGUCAAGUUUGAGCAACCAAGCCCCCAUGAGUUUGGAGACAGUCAGCAAAAACAGGUUUCAGGGCGUGAGUCCCAAGAGAUGACAUCUGAAAACAGAGAGAGAUUACCACAGGAAAGUGAGUUUGUUUCUCGUGUGGAUGGAAAGUAUACCACAGGUGAAAUGAUAACUCAGAGUGAUAUAAAACUACAACAGAUACCUGUGCAACCCGAGAGUAUGUUUGUGACUUCUCUAGGAAGAGAAACUCGCCAGGCUGUUCCUACUUUGCCUCAACAAGAAUAUAAGGAGCCUGUUGUAAUUGCUCAGAUGCCAUUAUUAGAAGAGCAGUUAUCAGAGCAACUAAAAUUGUGUCAAGAUACAGCAAUCAAGUUAGUUGAAAGAGAACAUGUGCCUAUGCAUCAGCCACCUAAGAUAGAAGAAUAUUCUCAGAGUGAGUACAAACCAGGUUUAGAAAGACAAGAUGGGGGAGUGACAGGCAGUCAUGAUGUGAUCCAGGGUGUUGUAUAUGGAUCUGAAGUGAAAGAAAAUGUUUUGCACUUUACAGAUAACCUUCAGAAGGAAAAGAGUCAACAAUCACAUUUUCUGGAAGAAAAAAACACAUUACAUGAAAAUCAGCCAGCUGUAGUAAAAGUAGAGCCUCUUAUUACACAGUACCAGAUGCACUGUUUAGAACAAGUUUCAUCAGCACAGCAAGAACUGUUACAAAAUCAAAUGGUAACUGAACAGAAAGAACUACUUCGCGUUCAUGAUACAUCUGUAUCAGAAUGGGCAGAGGAGUCCACCAUUACAACAGAGGAGGAUAUAACUAUGAGCCAAGAAAGCAAUCAGUACGAAACCUCAUCUAGUGAGUUCAAUCGGGAUGUGCUAACUAAACGUAAAGCCAAAGUGGUCCAAUAUAGGCAACAAUCUUCUAAAACCAAUACACUUGUGAUUACACACCAGCAGCAUGUGCAAGGGCAGCUACAACAGAAUUUUGGUGUAAGUCAGGAAGAUUCAGCUGUGAAAUUUAUGAAGGCUACACCCGAAGCAACACUAAUGCCAGACAGCACAAAUCAACUGCAGACCCCACAUAUACUCAGUGGAAAUUUUUUCCCAGAAGGCAUAGUACAAAAGGACAAUAAAGAUUUGGAAAAUAUGUCAACAGCAGUUACCUCAGAUACUGGAUCACAUGUAGUGGCAACCUGUGAAACUUCAUUAAAAGAUGUGUAUGCAUCCCAGAAUGUUUUUGAAAGUCAAGAAGAAAGUGUAAGUUCUGAAUAUCAGAACAAAACUUCAAACGAGCUUGGACAGACUCAAAUAUGUCAAGUAAUUCCUGGUGAGACCCAAACACUUUCUCAUCAAGAAAAUAUUGUCCAGCAUGAAAUGGCAAUACCACAGCAGCAUGUGUUAACACAGUCUGAAGCCCUGUCAAAUCAGCUACAACAACUGAUUACACAGAAACCUGACCAUUGUCAAACUAGCCAAGAGAAUGUACUACACCAGCAGGGGACGCCACAAGAACUGUUGCUGAAUGUACAAACUCAGCAGAAUGUUAUCCAGUAUUCUGUUGGUGAUAUGCCUCAACAAUUAAAGGUUGAAAAUGCGGCAGUUGGUGGUCCCGGACAUUCUCAUUUACAGCAAGAGGGAUUAGAAAGUCUUCAGAAAUCUGGGCACUCAGAAGCUUUGACCUAUCAACAUCCUGCUGAAGCGAUGCCACCUCUAACACUUGCAAACACAACUGAAUGGAACACUAACUUGGCACAACAGAAAGCCCCUACUCUGCUUUAUGUACCGAGUCAAAACUUAGAAAUAAUCUCAGGUGAUAAAAUGCCACAGGCUGGUAUACUGAUGACAGCAACUGAAAUACCUAGGCAGAACCUUGCUGGCAAUCAACAAAUUAUGCAACACGAAACAGGAUUUCCUCAUAUGGAUACAGCAGUGAAAGGUCAGGGUUAUAUGGAGCCUGUAUAUGUUAACACAGGACACCCAGUAAUGCAGCCUCCACAUCCUCAUUUGGAUACAACUUCUGAUCUUGCAUCUGGAGGCCCAGCUGACAUAGUUUCAGAUAAGAGAAUGAAAAAGCCAGUUAAACGUCGCACAAGAGCUGAAAGAGGACCAAAAUUAACGGUAUUAUCAGUGGAAAAUGGAGGAAGUCUGUUAGAGUGUCUUUUGGAAUCCAGCAAACACAGAACUGUAACUUUCAAAUGGAACAAGGAUGCAAUGGCACCUAAUGAAAUAGCAAAUAGAUUGGUGGAGCAAAAUCUGCUGCCAAAGCACCAUUCUGACCUCCUCAUUGAGUUAAUAAAUGAUAUUGUAGCAAAACUGAAAGAUGAGUCUUACAAACUACCUCUUGUGGCUGUUUGUUCACCAGAAUCAGCUAGAAAGCCUAGAGAACGCACAAAGUUGAUUGACCCUUUCCCAAGAGUGCGUCAUUCUUCACUAACUCGUCAGAAUUCACGCAGACCCUCUUAUAAAGGCCAUCGACGUCAUCAUUCGGGUCCACUUUCUCCUCAAAUUGGGUUCACUACUGGAGCAGCUUCUCAAGCACGAGGCGUCGCCUCAAGUGAUGUUAGUCUUCCUGCAAGUGAACAAGAACAACCAGCUGUAUUACAUCCAUUGUCAGUGUUGCACACUGAAGCGACAACUUCAUAUGGGGCACAUGUACCUACAGCAGUACAUGUAGACAGUAGUGGCACAAACAGUAGUGGAGUAAUGUCACCUAGCCAGACUGUUACUCGUGAAGAACUCAUACGACAUCAUCGUCCACGACCUGCAGCAAUUGACCUCCAUGAUUUACAACAGGAGCUGGCAAAAAUACACUCUGGUCCACGUAGGGAUCUAUCUAGUCAAUUUAUUUCUCAAACACCUACGUGUAGUCAGGUAGCUCCUGGUGUACCUUGCCAUCCGAUGACAUCUCAUCCUGCAGGGGUACUACAAGUACCACAUUCUGUUCCUGCACCAGGUGCACAGUCAACCUCUUAUCCUGUUGUCCGGCCAUCUGUAACACCUGUACCAAAAGUCGAUAGUCUUAACACCACGCCAGAUGAAGUACACGCAAGUGACAACAAAGUAUCAGAAGGAAGUGGGUACGAUACUCCUCAGCCUCUUCAUGACAUCGCAGCAGAGCGUCAUAGUACACCAAAGAAAGAUCUACAGAAAAAAACAGAAUUACUGAGUCAGAAAAUUCAAGCACAAGUGCUACACACAACAGAUGGCAGAAGAGACUCGGCGCCAGCAAUAAGUGCACAGAGAAAGGGACGUUUCAGUGUUGUGACACAUUCAACAGCUCCUUCGGGAUCACAACAAAAAACGACAGAUGUCGCAGCACCUCAGAGAGCAGAAACUGCAGCAGUUACUGUGCCAGAUGAAUCUACUGGUUCCAUUCCUCCAUAUAUGACAGGAAUUCCUCGUAUGCAGGGUCCAGCAGCCAGUGAACCUCAAAUUCUAAGAGAAGAUGAUAAUAUUGCGCUACAACGAUUGCUUGAAAGGCAACAACGAGAAAUUAAGGCCUUACAGCUACGCCACAUGGCAGAACUAGAGUACUUCAAACGUGUGCGGUGUUCUCGUGUGGAUGAUUACCCACAAGCAAGAGAUCCAAUGGUGUUCUAUCAGCUACACCCAGUGUAUCCCCCAAGGCGAGCUGCUAGAAAUUUGGAUGAUUUCUACUACAGCACAGCUCCACAAUCUCCGGUUGACUCUGAUUAUCAUGAACAUCAACUUUCUUCUCCAGUUACGAUGAGCCCUCCUAUUUUAGAAUUUCCAACUCAUCGAAGGCAUGAUUUACAUGCUCAUCAUGGCCCCCUUUAUAAACCUGUUGGUGUAAGAGCAGACACAGCCCAAAGCUCAUCACGUAUUACACCCCAAGGUAGCCCAGUCUCACAUACAAAUCCACUUCUUGUUACUGGCCGUAAUUUCCACCCUGUUAAUUUAUCAGAGGCUGGUGGUGUUUAUUUCACAAUUGGUGAUCAUGUUAGUGAUAGUACUCAAACUGAAGGUGCUUCAGGGUUUACACAUGAACAUGGUGAACUGCAACAGUGUUAUGUGGACUCUGGACAUUAUUGGGUUCCUGUGGAUAAUACACAGUCAUCUUCAGGCCAGGCUUUCCAAAUCCAGACAGGAUUGGGAAUAGGGCUUCCAGGAUUCAGGAGAGUGUCUUCUGCUUCUGGAAAUCUUCUUCACUUGGCACAUGGCCCACCUCAGCUAAUUUCUGCAGUAGGUCCUACUGGUUACUAUUUCCAGCCUGCCCCAACACCUUUACUCAGAGCAGGGAUGAGUAUUUCACAAGGAACUCAGCGACGGGGAUCUCUUGAAGAGUCUUUACAAUCUGGAUCACCAACUUUCCUCCAUUCCACACCAUCAAGCUCUGUCAGUUCAAGUCCAAAGUUUUUUCAUACCCAUGUGACUGAAGAUAAGCACGACCCUCACCUAAGGUUUGAUGAUACCUUUUAGUAUACAGAGUAAGCCAUAUUUUCGAUAUUAAUUGGCUAACACAAAUGACUGCUCAUUUACUGAAGUUGACUGAAUUUAGAAUUAAUAUUCAGUGUGAGUUAGUCAUAAAUUCCUAAAGUAAAUUACUUUAUAUUAAAUUUUCAGUAGCUCUACUGCGCAUGGGUAGAGUGUGUACACAUUGCAGAUAAAAGUGAAUAAAAUAAAAUUUGUUAUUCUGUUGAA